GUCUUGCCAUAUACCCCGCAGGUACUCAUCUCGCACACAUGGGUUGACAUUGAACUUGAAUCCCGUUUCCUCUUCUACACUCACACCAGGCGCCCUGCAGGCGAGAGACCAACACAAUGUCCUCAUCCCAGCCUCCGCAGAACGGCAACGCCGAACCGCAAGGGAAGUCCUCAGCCAAGCCCUUCUCUCUCUCACUUGGAGGCGGCACCCCCACCCCAGCAAACGGACAGUCCAAAAAGACCUCCUUCAAUCUCCAGAAAACCUCCACCCGAUCUACAGACCCCCCCAGCCGGACAACCCUCACGCGCCGCCCCCAUCAUAAUCUCCACGAUGACGAAGAUUCCGACACUGAAGAAGCGGCAGCGCCCGCCCACGAAGCCGUCAUGGGCUUCGACACCCUCACCGGAACCGCCAUCUCGGCCAACCAGGCCGACCAGAAACGCGAGCUGGUCAUCCCCGUUGCCGGAAACAACAACUGGCGCAACCGGCCCGGCGUCAAUGUGCGAAACCCCAAGGGCAAGAAUCUUCUCCCCAGGGAGGUGCAGGCCAUGCAGGAGGCGCAGAAACGGGGCGAAGUCCCCGGGGAGAAUACCGAUACUGAACGGCCGAGUAUGGCCUUUGGGUUGACCUUUGCGCAGCCGGGCGCGGAGACCGAGGCCGCGGAUAAGGAGCAGGAUCACAAUAUGACGGACGCCGAACCGGCUGUUGCUGAGCAACGGAAACCGCUUACCCAGGAUGAGAUUGCCUUGCAGGCGCUAAUUCGGGAUAGUAAGGGCGAGACGGAAGGGAGGUCUGAUCUUGUGAUUGAGUCGGCGAAUCGGGAGGGGGGCAGAUAUGAUGAGUCGACCUCGUUCCGUGCGGAUGUCGCCUUGCGCCCGGAAUCGGCCACCCUUGAUCAGUAUAAUGCUAUUCCUGUGGAGGAGUUCGGUGCGGCCCUGCUGCGUGGUAUGGGCUGGAAGGAAGGCGAGGCGGUUGGGAGAGGGAAAUACGGCGGUGCUGCUGGCAACCAGGCGGCCAAGCCGCGGGUUCCGGAGCGGAGGCCUGGUUUCUUGGGAAUUGGAGCGAAGGAUGCAUCGGGAGGUAAAGGUGCUGAGACAGAGUUCGGCGCGUGGGGGAAAGCGGCCAUGCGCAAAGGGUCCCGAAAGACAGGGAAGGAAGGCGAGAACAAUACGGAGGGGGUGUACAUGCCUAUUAUGAUGAGGAAUUCGAAGACGGGCGAGUUCAUAACUGAAGAGGAGCUCGCGAUCCAACGAAAGGAGGCGAAGAAACGGGGGGACGAGGAUGAAUGGAAAGAGAGAAGAGACCGCAACUUAGAGAAGAGUGGACGCGAUAAAGAUCGUGAUCAGGACUCUCGACGCCGUGACUACGAUGAUGAUGAUAGCGAUCGCUAUGAGAGACGCAGGACCACUGGGUCUUCCAGGAGAGACCGGAGUCGGUCAUCCGGCGAUCGACGAUCGAGAAGCCGCAAAUAUGGAGAAGAAGAUAGCGACAGUCGCGAUGAUCGAUACUACAGGGACAGAGACCGUGACCGUGACCGUGAUCGUGACCGUGACUACCGUCGGGAUCGAGAUCGGAAUGGGGAUCGGGAACGGGAGCGCGAGAAAGACAAGGAUAGAGACCGAGACCGAAGCAGACGGUAUCGCGAUGAUGAUCGCCAUAGCUCGAGGCACUCGUCAUCACAUACCUCAAGCAGGCAUCGGGAUCGGGAUCGGGAUCGGGAUCGGGAUCGGGAUCGGGACACUGACCAGGACCGGGACCGUGACCGUGGCUCCCACCGGAGAAGGAGAGAUGAUGAUAGAUAAGUCCUAAAAUGAAAGCUCGUGCUCUUUUUGCACUGGCUAAGUCUAUAGAACCAUAUAACAAAAAUU